AUAUAACACAGCCCAAUAGCCGGAGAAGACAAUUACCCCACCGCUCCCCCCCUCCCACCACCGCCACCGCUACCGCCAAGAUCUAGUUUGGCGUAUCCUCCCCGUAAAUUGAUUAUAAUAUAUUGGUAUUGCUCGCCGAUUCAACUAAAUCCGAGCUUCUAAUCUAAACCCCCCAAAUUUUUUUUAAUUUGCGGAGAUUCAUGGAUUGGAGACACGAUUUGUUUGAUAUCAAUGGAUCUAUGCAUUGAAUUGUCCGUUUAAAUAGUGAAUUGUGAUUUAUCAUGAGGUCGUCCUCAAUUUGGACGGAGAAUUCCGCCUCGUCGGCUGCUGCCACGCCAACAUCAUCAUCGAAUUCUAGGCAGCUUGCACCUCCGCUUGUGGAGCCUGCUCGUGACUCGGAUUUGAGGCAAAGUAAUGUGCUGAAAUUGUUAGCUCAUAGAGAGUUAUGCCCUCAAACAAAGAGAACACCUAGAAGGUUUUGGAGAAAGGCAUCGGUUCACCAUGGUAAAUCAUCUGGAUCAAAAUGUGAAUUAGCAAAAGAUGUGAGACAAGAACUUCAGUCAUGGGGAGAGGCAGAGUCAUUACUGCAUUUAUCAGCUAAGUAUUGUCCUUUACUGCCUCCACCAAGGUCAACCAUUGCGGCGGCAUUUAGUCCUGAUGGGAAGACAUUGGCUUCUACACACGGAGACCAUACAGUGAAGAUAAUUGAUUGUAAAAGUGGAACGUGCUUAAAGGUGUUGAGUGGCCAUCGGAGGACACCUUGGGUGGUUAGGUUCCAUCCACUCUAUGCAGAAGUUCUUGCUAGUGGAAGUUUGGACCAUGAAGUUCGCUUGUGGAACGCGAAGACAGCGGAGUGUAUUGGGUCUCGUGAUUUUUACCGUCCUAUAGCUUCUAUUGCCUUCCAUGCGCACGGAGAAAUUUUAGCUGUAGCAUCAGGCCAUAAGCUGUAUAUAUGGCAUUAUAACAGAAGAGGUGAGGCUUCCUCACCAACAAUUAUAUUGAAGACUCGGCGUUCUCUCCGUGCAGUGCAUUUUCAUCCUCAUGGUGCUCCAUUUCUUCUAACUGCUGAGGUCAAUGAUCUGGACUCCUCAGAUCCUGCAAUUGCUUUUGCAACAUCCCCUGGGUACUCGCGCUACCCCCCUCCUACUAUAUAUAUAGCAGAUGCUCACUCCAUUGUUCAGUCAAGUUCAGGAAAUGAGUUGCCCAUUAUGUCUAUACCAUUUCUGAUAGGGCCUUCUAUUACUAGAGGUGAUAAUACAUUACUUCCCCAACAGGCGGGUGUUGAAAUGAGUUCUUAUGUUCCAUAUCAAAGGAGUGUUUCUUCUGCCUCUGUGCGACUUCUCACUUAUUCAACUCCAUCCGGUCAGUAUGAACUCGUAUUGUCUCCAAUCCAAUCUCCUGUGCGGGAAGAGCAACAAAAUAAUCUGUCAUUGAGGGAAACGGAUGAUGCUAUUCCUCUACCUGCUAUUGAUUCCAUGGAGACAGAUGUGCAAGCUGAGGAGAGCAAUCUGUUUCUUCGAUUUGGCGAUCCAGCAUACUGGGACCUUCCUUUUCUGCAAGGGUGGUUGAUUGGUCAAAGUCAAGCUGGACAGCGUAUAACGCAUGCACAAAUUGGUGGUUCCAACGAAGGUUUGCCAUCCUAUAAUGGAAUAGCAAAUGCAUCAUCUAUUGUUCCUCCAGUAAUUCCUAAUGUUGGUUCAAGAGCUUCCGGAAGAGCAGGUUCACGACACCGUUCUUCACGCUCGCGAACAAGAACUGCAACUGGAUUCGGUGGUAGUGCUGCUUUUAACAAUAUUCCACCAGAGCAGGGCAGUUCACACUCUUUGACAACCCAAGUCCAGUCUGAGGUAGCUACCUCACUGGCUGCAGCUGCUGAAUUGCCUUGCACUGUGAAGCUGAGAAUAUGGUCUCAUGAUUUGGAAAAUCCAUGUGCACCUCUUGACACAUCACGCCGUCUGUUAACAAUUCCCCAUGCCGUGCUUUGUAGUGAAAUGGGUGCCUACUUUUCACCGUGCGGAAGGUUCUUGGCUACUUGUGUGGCAUGUAUCCUACCAAAUAUUGAUGCCGAUCCAGGACUGCAAGGCCAGGUUCAGCAUGAUCUUACAUGGGCCUCAACUUCUCCAACUAGACAUCCAGUCUCCGCACACCAAAUUAUUUAUGAGCUAAGGAUAUAUUCCCUUGAGAAGGCUACAUUUGGAUCCGUUCUACAAUCCCGGGCAAUUAGAGCUGCUCAUUGUUUGACCUCGAUACAGUUUUCACCAACCUCAGACCAUCUGUUACUGGCUUAUGGUCGACGCCACAGUUCACUUCUUAAAAGCAUUGUCAUUGAUGGAGACACAACUAUACCAAUUUAUACAAUUCUUGAGAUAUACAGAGUUUCAGAUAUGGAACUCGUGAGAGUUCUUCCCAGUGCAGAAGAUGAGGUUAAUGUAGCUUGUUUCCAUCCUUCAGUUGGUGGUGGCUUUAUAUAUGGCACUAAGGAAGGAAAACUGAGGAUUCUUCAGUGUGAUAUAUCUCAUGGAUUUAAGAAUGAGGGGUCCUGUGGUCCUGAUGACAAUGUGUUAGAGGUUCAGACUCAUGCAUUGGACGGCUGAUUAGUGUCAAGUGAAGGGCGCAAAAUUUGACAGCUUGAUGUGGGGUUGCUUUGUUUGGUGCACAUCAACUCACUUUGCUACCAUACAGUGAGGUGGGGAGGGGGGGUGUUAAAAAAGGGUCCUGCAUUUAUGCUUUGGGCAUUCUGGAGGUCUUGCUUUCGACUUUUCUCAAUGAGCUCUGUACAGAUCUGUGACGCGUCUAUUCCCAGUGCUAACUUGCAUACAGGUACAGCGCGAAACUGGUUGAGAGAGAGAGAGAGAGAGAAAGCCAAUAGAGCAAAACGCUUCGUCCUUGUAGUUUCGUGAGCGCAGUGGGGAAACUUACUUUUGGCUUUGUUUUUUCUUGGAUGGCCUUGUUGUACAUUAGCACAAUAAUUUCCAUGGGAAGAAGCUUUUCCUUUUUUUCCUGA